CAACAAAGUUUCUGCGCGCGGAGCGGACUCGGGCGGCGGGGCAGGGGCCCCUGGAGGAGGCGUCGCCGUGUCCAGAGCCGCGCUCAGCCGCGGGACUUCGGCCUGUGGGAACCUCGGUGCGGGGGGACAGUUCGCGUGCGCCCGUGGCCGUGGGCCUUGGUGGUCCGCUCGCGCGCCCGCUGCGAUCUGUCCGGAGUUGGGGCGACAGCUGCGGCGCGCGUGGAGCCUCCCUUUGUCCUCUUGGACCUCCCUCCCCGGCGCUCGCCCGCCCUAGCUGCGCGGCUGGGUCUCUGGGUCCUGCGACCCCGCCGGCUCCCGCCACCCUCGCGUGCCGGCCAAGCCGAGCCCAGGGGACUGCGAGCGGGAGGCAGUCGCAGGCCCCCGGCCGCAGGAUGGUGGCGGGGCGGACCCCGGCCCGCAGUCCCGGGAGCUGGCUGCUGCCCGGGCUGUGGCUGCUGGCGCUAGGUGGGCCCGGGGCGCUGCUGCACGCCCAGGAGCAGCCCUCCUGCAGAACAGCCUUUGAUCUCUACUUCGUCCUGGACAAGUCUGGGAGUGUGGCAAACAACUGGAUUGAGAUUUACGAUUUCGUGCAGAAACUUACAGAAAGAUUUGUAAGCCCUGAAAUGAGAUUAUCUUUCAUUGUGUUUUCUUCUCAAGCAACCAUUAUUUUGCCAUUAACUGGAGACAGGGGCAAAAUCACCAAAGGCUUGGACGAUUUAAAGAAAGUUAGUCCUGUAGGAGAGACGUAUAUCCAUGAAGGACUGAAACUAGCGAAUGAACAAAUUCAGAAAGCAGGAGGCUUAAAAACCUCCAGUAUCAUAAUUGCUCUGACAGAUGGUAAGUUGGACGGUCUGGUGCCAUCAUAUGCAGAGAAGGAGGCAAAAAUAUCCAGAUCCCUCGGGGCUAGUGUGUAUUGUGUGGGUGUCCUUGACUUUGAACAAGCUCAGCUUGAAAAAAUUGCUGAUUCCAAGGAACAAGUUUUCCCUGUCAAAGGUGGAUUUCAGGCCCUUAAAGGAAUAAUUAAUUCUAUACUGGCUCAGUCAUGUACCGAAAUCCUGGAAUUGCGUCCCUCAAGUGUCUGUGUGGGGGAGGAAUUUCAGAUUGUUUUGAAUGGGAGAGGAUUCUCGUUGGGCAGUCGGAAUGGCAGUGUGCUCUGUACCUACGCUGUAAAUGAGACAUACACGAAGAGUGUAAAGCCAGUAAGUGUGCAGCUCAAUUCUAUGCUUUGUCCUGCACCCGUCCUGACUAAGGCUGGAGAAACUCUUGAUGUGUCAGUGAGCUUUAAUGGAGGAAAAUCUGUCAUCUCAAGUUCAUUAAUAAUCACAGCCACAGAGUGUUCUAAUGGGAUUGCGGCCCUCAUCGCUGUUUUGGUGUUGUUGCUGCUCCUGGGCAUUGGUUUGAUGUGGUGGUUUUGGCCUCUCUGCUGCAAAGUGGUUAUCAAGGAUCCUCCUCCACCACCACCGCCUGCACCAGAAGAGGAGGAACAGGAGCCUCUACCUACCAAGAAAUGGCCAACAGUGGAUGCCUCUUAUUAUGGUGGUCGAGGGGUUGGAGGAAUUAAAAGAAUGGAGGUGCGUUGGGGUGACAAAGGAUCUACCGAGGAAGGUGCAAGGCUAGAGAAAGCCAAAAAUGCUGUGGUGACAAUUCCUGAAGAAUCAGAGGAACCCGUGCGGCCUAGACCACCCCGACCCAAACCCACAUACCAGCCCCCUCAGACGAAGUGGUACACACCGAUUAAGGGCCGUCUCGAUGCACUCUGGGCUUUGUUGCGGCGACAGUACGACCGGGUUUCCUUGAUGCGACCUCAGGAAGGAGAUGAGGGCCGGUGCAUAAACUUUUCUCGAGUUCCAUCUCAGUAAAAGGGAAACAGGAAGACCUAGAGGGUACGAAGAUGGCACACUUUCACACUGCUGAUUUCCAACCAAAUGAAACAAAUCAAGUGCAUUUCAGAAGCUUUUGGAAGAGCACCUUAAUUCCUUCCAGUCAAGAAAUGUUUUCUCUGCCUUCUGCUUUGCUUGCACUGAACAUUUUCAAACACUUGUUCUGCCGUCUACACAGGAGGUGAUGAAACCCAGUUGUAUCUUGUGAUUCGUGACCUUGAAAGUAAAGAGGGACAUUUAUUCAAGGAAGUUUGUAUGUGUAGAAGAAGCCAAAGCAACAACAGCAAUGGCAACACGAAGAGGACAUCAAAGCCAGGAGCACCGAGCAAGUAGCCAUGAUGGGUCGUUAAUGGAGACAGGAGUUUUUUACACGGCACUUGUGUCUGUAUAAUGCAAGAGCUUUAGCCAGAGGCAGAGGAUGAAAUUUCCAACCAGGCUAAGCAAAUUAUGGAGUCCACUGCCUUAUAGCUAUGUCAGAUCACGAACUCCUUCCGAGUCCCCUAUCACAGUGUGCCUUACGGGAAGUUUCUGACUGGAAAAUCUUGUCAUUCUAACACUGAAAAGUGCACACGCAUGACAAAAUGUAGACACAAUGCCUCAAGGUAUUGGUAGCAAGCAAGAUUUUGCCCUUUUGUUUCUGAAGACACCUUUCUUUCAUUAUGCACUGGGGACAAGAAAAUUAAUAGAGCGUUAUUCCACAGGAAGACAGUCCUCUAACCAGAGAUCUGAAACGGAGACUAAGGGACUCACGGUUUGAGCCCUGAUGCCUGUGACUGGUAGAUUCCCCCUUUUCCUGUGUUUUGGAUUUAGUAGUGCAUAAAGCAUUAGUAUCUGUAAACAUACCCAGGAGUUUGUUUGGCUUUUAAUUUAAAGGAAGCAGUACCCACAAAGCUUCCGCUCAGGGUUUUUUCUUCCUUCAGGUCUCCAAGGGCUCUUCAGCGUCACAAGCCAGCAACUCUCUUUGCAUGAAAAUUUCAAAGUUUAAUUAAUAUAAUUAAAGGCAACAGCAAGCAGCAGCCUGUGAAGAUUUUGCUCAUCUUUUUUAUGCCUUUUGACAUUGAAUGACCUAUUACUGUAUGCGCAUUACUUGGAUGUUGAGGAGCACUCUACCUUGGUUACGAUUCAGUAGAGAGAAAAGGCCCCCUUUCUUCAAUCCGUAAAUUACAGUUUCAGCAGGGUCGCCAUCACAUACCAUUGGCGAUGUAUGUAUUCUAAUGUAUUAGAAAAACCACCAUCGUGUCACGUCGGCGAUGCCAAGUUAUGUUAGCGUGAGCAAAAACACUGUGGGGGCGGAAGAAGGCAGCAGCUGAAGAAAAAAGCUCAAAUGAUCUAGUCACUUUCGAUACUGUACUUCAGAUGCGAAAUGGAUAUUCGACUCGAAACCUGACAAAGUGCGCCUGCUUUGAUGUGAACUGGUAUAGACAAUGACCAGUGGCCGGGUCAGUGGGAUGUCUCUCUGCGAGCACAAAGGCUUAUCAAAUGACACUAAAAAUAAGUUCAACAACCAUCAUGUUGGAAGGGAGAAGGCGAACAUUUCAUGUUUGGCGGGCAUGUGAGUGCACAAGAUGGAAAGAGCGAUUUGGAGCAUCCUGGUGUAAUUACCCCCAUUGUGCACUUAAUGGAAAUUUCAAUGGAUGGGAGUGAUUCUGUUGGUUUGGUGUCCAGGUUUGUGGCACUGCUCCAAGAAGCCUAUGCACACACACAAAUAUAUGUAUGUAUGUAUAUAUAUAUAUAUAUAUACACACAUAUAUGUAUAUAUAUGUAUAUAUAUAUGUGUAUAUAUAUAUAUUUGUAUCCUCUAGCUUGAAUCUUUUGCUCAAAUUUAUUUAUGUCACUGGCUGGCUGGAUCCAAAGUCAUGUGUCCACAUAUUCAUAAAUAAAAUUUUUAAUCUGUGUCUGUGUUACCAUUUCCUUUAAGCACUCAUGAAGCUCAUGUCUUCUUUGAUUGAAUUUAGCAUUGUCCUGAUUAGUUUCUGGGAAAAAAUGUGUUUAUUUCCAAUAUGCCCCUCUAUUGGUAGUAUUUGUGCAUGCAAGUGUAAUGUUGAAGCCUAAUACAGUACACACAACCCUUUUUGCAGUGAGUUCUCAUAGCUCUUUGUUCUGCAUUUGCAUUUGGAACAAGACUUUGUUGCUACUUUCUCUAGUGGAUACUUCAUUUCUGAUCGGUGUACACCAAUGGAUGGUAUUUUAAAAGCAUUAAGAGAAUUAAGUAUAAAAGUUUAAGUUACAUUUAUUAUUAGCUGCUUAAACUUUCUGUAGUAUCCUAUAGCGUAUUUCCAUGUUGCUGAACUUCUCUGCUUUAAGUGAUUAGUUUUUAGGGGAUCGUGACACAAAUGCUAUGAAGAUCUCUGACUGGAGAAGGAGAGUCAUUGGUCUAUAUGUAGGCUUGGAAAAUACCAUUCAUAAAGUUCAGAGACAGAUAGAAUUUCAUUGCCCUUAAAGAUACGAACCAGUUGUGUGAUAAGCUUUCUUCUGACUAUUCUAAGUAGAGAAUGAGAAGAACACAUUUUAAGGAGUAGUUUUCUUACCAAACGACUACAUUUAAAAUAGCUCUACAUCUUGACGUCAGUAACACAGGUUAGAAUAAAGCUUCUUCUAUAAAUUUCAUUUAAAGAAAUAGCUCCUGUUUAACUUCCUGGACAUGUCAGUCAAGAUUUUUCUGUGUGUAAAGGAAGAAGUCUUAUCCAUAAUCCAUUUGUGUUGCAUAAGGUUGCAAAAACAAUUAAGUGGGAAAUGACUCCUAACUUAUGUGCCUACUCUGCCUAGAAAGAAAGUUUUGAAGGCAUCUAUAUAUAUUUCAUAACAAUGUCUGUUCUUUAUGGAUUUGAUCCAUAAAUAUUUAUCUAUCUGAAAACUUUGAUACUUGGAAUGUUUUCCUUAAAGCAUUUGGUGCUCCAAGAAAAAACAUUUGGUGCUAAGAGUUGCAGCAAUGAUGCCUUUCCCCAAGCUAAUUCUAUUUUAAAAAUUUGUAUUUCCUUCCCAAUGAUAUGCACAGUAAAAUUUGAGACCUUCCAUUCACUAGGGAGCAGCAUCUGUCAUCUAUAAUUACUAUUUUGACAAAAAUAUAUGAGGUCUGAAACCCUAUAUUUCAGGUUGUUAGAGAAAGAAGUGAUUUGCUUAUAUUUCCC